AUGGCGGAUACCACCGGAAACGAUGCCCGGAGAACGUUAUGGGGAGUGCCGGAGAAACUUCAGCUUCACAUAGCGAUGCUUACGUUGCAAUUCGGUUAUGCCGGAUUCCACGUGGUCUCGAGAGCUGCUCUUAACAUGGGAAUAAGCAAACUUGUCUUCCCUGUUUAUCGUAACAUCAUCGCUUUGCUUCUUCUCCUUCCCUUCGCUUACUUCCUCGAAAAAAUAACAGCGAACCAAGGGUUUUACUUGUUGGGACUAGACAACACUUCACCAACAUUUGCUUCGUCCAUGCAAAACUCUGUUCCUGCAAUUACCUUUCUCAUGGCUGCUCUUCUCAGGAUUGAGAAAGUUAGAAUAAACCGAAGAGAUGGUAUUUCCAAAGUCUUAGGAACAGCACUUUGUGUCGCCGGAGCUUCGGUCAUAACUCUCUACAAGGGUCCCACAAUCUAUACUCCCGCUAGUCACCUCCACACUCACCUCCUCACCACCAGCUCCGCCGCAUCCGCCGUCUUAGCACCGUUAGGGGACGCCGCGCCGAAAAAUUGGACACUUGGUUGCAUCUAUCUGAUUGGUCACUGUCUCUCGUGGUCCGGUUGGCUAGUGUUUCAAGCUCCGGUUCUUAAAUCUUAUCCGGCUAGGCUCUCGGUUACUUCUUACACUUGUUUCUUCGGAAUCAUUCAGUUCUUGAUCAUUGCUGCUUUUUGUGAAAGAGAACCUCAAGCUUGGAUUUUUCACUCUGGUUGGGAGCUGUUCACCAUCCUUUACGCGGGAAUAGUCGCGUCUGGAAUCGCGUUUGCGGUUCAAAUUUGGUGUAUUGACAGAGGAGGUCCAGUUUUCGUUGCGGUUUACCAACCCGUUCAGACUCUAGUCGUUGCGAUUAUGGCUUCGAUCGCGUUAGGCGAAGAGUUUUACUUGGGAGGGAUUAUUGGAGCUGUGUUAAUCAUAGCAGGACUUUACUUUGUGUUAUACGGUAAAAGCGAAGAGAGGAAAUUUUUAGCUCUUGAGAAGGCAGCGAUCCAGUCCUCCGCGGAACAUGGUAUUGAGCAUGCACCUGUUUCUCGUGGCUCAAUCAAGCCGUCCAUUACAACUCCACUACUCCAUCAGUCAACGGAUAAUGUUUGA